AUGGCGGACGAAACGCGUAAAGUGCGAGUAGAAGAACGUUUGAAAAUAAAAAUUGGUGAAGCUAAGCAGUUACCAGCUCGCAACAAUGGAGCCGCCUGCACCCGUGACAUAUACUGCGUGCUGUCGCUGGACCAAGAAGAAAUAUUUCGCACCUCCACCAUUGAGAGAUCACUCAAUCCAUUUUUCGGCGAAGAAUUCCAGUUUGAAGUACCCCGCAGAUUUAGAUACCUAUCCAUAUACGUGUUCGACCGUGACAAGCAAGCGAGUAAACAGGACAAGGUGCUCGGAAAAGUUGCAAUCAAACGAGAGGACCUGGAGCGAUAUAACAACAUUGACCAUUGGUUCUCAUUGCGACCAGUGGACGCGGACUCUGAGGUGCAGGGCAAAGCUUACAUCGAACUCUCCAUGGAGGAUUCGAGGAAACGAUUGCGAAUGGACCCGAAGCCGCCCGACCCGGACCUCGUUUCCGACAGCUGCUCGACGAAAUCAAAAGCCAACAAUCUCACUAGACUAUCAGAAUAUUGCAAGGAGAGCAUGAGGUUCGGCUCGUGCUCCAGUUCGACCAGUAAGAAACUUCUGGCCGCGGUCGCAACGGAACCUGCAAUGGCAUUAUCCCGGUCAGAAAGCCUGAAAGACAGAGCUCAAUGGGCGAUACGGUCAAAACCACCGAUGCACACGAUGGCUGAAUCGCCCUCCCCCACUGCGGCCGACUAUUGGUCGGACCCAGAAAGACACUGCGCGGCUCACGUUGGCCCCGACACGAUCAGAUUAAGAGUUCUCGAAUGUUCGGAGCUCACCACAAAGAAUGGACAGUGCGAUCCCUUCGCCCUCAUUACACUGUUGUACUCGAACGGGCGGCGAGUGGAGAAACGCACAAAACCCAGAAAGAAAACCGUUAAUCCCCAGUUUGACGAAAUAUUUUGUUUUGAUCUCGUAAUGGAGGCUGACCCUAAGGAUAAGGAUGGAUCACAAACGGCCGGUGUAGCGUGCGAAGCUAGAGUAUCAGUAUGGCACGACGCGGCCACGCCUGUGUUCCUGGGAGAAGUGAGGCUACAGUUAAGACAACCUGCGCCGGAUCCUUUGUGUGCAUGGUUUUUCCUUACAUCGCGAGCGGGUGGUGCACUAUCGCGCGGCGCGACUCCACCCGGCACCCGCUUGUCCGCAGCCGGCAGCUCUACCCUGGGCUCAUUGCGGUUAUUGCUCAAGUAUACUGUCGAUCACGUUUUUCCACUGCAACAUUAUCGACAGCUCGAAGAACUUUUCUUAAAAAGUGUACAACAGAAGCCAAUAACGACAUCGGCUGUGUACAUACUCGGAGAAAUAGUAUCAAGUAAGACUGAAGCAGCGCAACCUCUCGUGAGGCUAUUCACGCACCAUGAUCUCAUCGUUCCCAUCGUCAAAGAACUCGCCGAUGCUGAGAUUUCUGUUCUCACUGACGCGACGACGAUAUUCCGCGGCAACACGCUCGUUUCAAAAAUGAUGGACGAAGCAAUGAGGCUGACGGGCGCCGCGUACCUUCGUUCAGUGCUGCGGCCCACCCUGGCCGCUGUUCUGCACGAGAAACGGCCCUGCGAGAUUGACCCAGCAAGAGUUAAACCUUCCGCCGACAUCGCAGCUAACCUCGCCAACCUUAAGGAUUAUGUUGAGAGGGUGUUCGCGGCGAUCACAUCCUCAUACGGCACAUGCCCUGCAGUGAUGUGCAGGCUUUUCGACGCUCUGCGUCAGUGCGCCGCGAGGCAUUUCCCCCAAAACGCCGAAGUUCGAUACUCAGUCGUCUCCGGUUUCAUCUUCCUUCGGUUCUUUGCACCUGCCAUCCUUGGGCCGAGAUUAUUCGAUCUCACAACUGAACAAAUUGACCUGCAAACAACGCGGACUUUGACUCUAAUAUCAAAGACAAUCCAAUCUCUGGGUAACCUGGUGAGCAGCCGAUCAGCGCAGCAGGUCUGCAAGGAGGAGUACAUGGCUGAGCUCUACCGCAGUUUCUGCACGACGCGACAUGUGCAAGCAAUAAAACAAUUCCUCGAAAUAAUCUCCACCAGUUCAGAUACGCAGAACAACAAUGUGCAAGAAACAUCGGUUCUACUCAAAGAAGGGACAAUGAUUAAGCGGUCGGAGGGCGUCCGAAUGGGUCCCGGAUCGCCGCGAAGGCGUUGGGUGCGGCCCGCGCACACGCACUCCAAGCGGCGUCAUUUUAGACUAACCAGUGGGGAGCUGUGGUGGUCACGUUGCGGUGCAAAAGCUGCUGCGCACAGGUUACCCCUCUCUGGAGUACUCUCCGUCUCACCUGUGGACUGUCCACCAGCUGGCGCGCCACUCGAUGCCAACAACAUAUUCCAAAUUGUCCACCGCGAGCGCGUACUCUUUGUGCAAGCAAGUAAUUGCGUAGAGCGCGCUGAGUGGGUGCGGCUUCUGUCCGCACUUUGCCGACAUUCCCCCGCCGCCUCACCACAUCGCGGGUACUACACCGACACGAAGUGGACUUGUUGUGGCCGCAGCGAAGCCGAUGCAGAGGGUUGUGGGGGUACAGGGGGUGGAACAGGGGCUGGUGCUGGUGCCGAGUGGGACGACGACAGCGUGGUGCGAGGUCCAACUGCGCUUGCGCUGCGCCUCGAUCCUGCGCGAGACCUGCAACGACUGCACGCGUUGCUUAUGUCGCAUAUAAAGCUCGUGGACAUGCGUUUACAUCGACCGCCAGACAAUACACCUGCAUUAGAACGAGAAGCGGAGUCUGCGACGAUACGUGAACUGCAAAAAGUGAUAUUCGACCUCGAGACUCGGCAUUGCAGAUAUAGGCGGUCGCUGCUUAGAGAAACGAAAUAUGGGAGCAAACAAACUCCAAUUGGCGACGACAACUACUUACACUUAGCCGGCGCGACUGGGACGAGUAGUUCAGGUGGUGGUAUGGAGAGUGGUUCUGUGGUGUGGCGAGCGUGGCGAGGCGGCGCCUCUCCCACUAUCGACUUGGACGGCAAAGCGCUCCCUCUGCAGCCUUCACUCGACCUCUGCUCUAGUUCCGAAUCGCUCAAGCUGGCCCGACUCGCUGACGAACGCUCCUCCGGCAAGUCCAAUAAGUCAACCGCCAGCGGGUACCUAACCAUGUCCUGUAUCAAGCAUGAACCCUCUGAAGACAGCGAUGCAUCUAAUGAGAAACCAGCUCGGCCUCCGAAACCGGCACGCCUGUCGCCCUCGCGCCCUGCAUUAACCAAUCCCGCCACGCCCCUCUGCGAAUACGUGGACGUCGAGAGGAAACCGCCGGUUCGUCGCCCGAAACCCGAAAUAACGCCGCCUAAGAGAUCAGACUAUGACUUGUCGAAUCGAUGUAAAGAAUACGAGCUAAUGGCAAAUUUUAUGAGCCAUUCACAACCCUCGGGAGAUGACGUGCCGCCCGCGGUGCCACCGCGAGGCAACACCGCUUCGCGGGUUCGGUUACAGGCGAAGCCCCUCGAUGCGGAAGCGAAGACUGAUGAACAGACAGUAUUACAAAAGUUGUCCACUUCUAGUAGUCUCCCUGAAGACAUGAAUUCUGAUAUUACAGAGUUCAAAGGGGAAAAUCGAGAAGAGCGUCCGAUCAGCAAAAUAGACACGGUCUCGAAUGAUGACAGCUUGCUCGAUGAACUUAAAAGAGACACCUACUGCGUGCUAAAAGUGUGCGAGGACGAGUUGACGGACGUGGAGGUCAAAUGCGAAGAGUCACAAGAGAAGAAGGAAAAAGAGGACUACGGCAUGUUUUCUAGGAUAAGUCUGCAGAGAAAAUCUAACCCGAUUAAAACUCAAUCGAAAUCUAUAAAAACUCUCAAAACCUCAAACUCCACUUCCAACGUGCACGACGUCGGUUCGAAUCCGUCUCGACCGCUAGCCGAACGUUUCACCCCGUUUUUUCUGAAGAAAAAGCCGAAAGAAACAUUAACCAAGUCGGAAGAUAACCAGAGUUCAAAGAGCAAAAGCAAGGAGGACAAUCUAAUCGGUCGGCUGACGCCCCGCUUCGGGCAGUCGAGGCUGUACGGGCGCGGGCAGUCUCUCGACUUGACCACGGGCGGUGGACACGCAAAACGCAUCGAGCGCUCGGCGACAACAGUGAGCAUCACUCGGCCGUCGCUUAUCGUGAGCGGCCUGAAGUUUCCGACCCUGCAGCGGUACAGCACUCAGGACGACGAACAGGGCGCGCCGGGCGAUCGCGACGAAGAGGCGUGGCGUCGCCCCGCGGCCUCCGCCCUCCUCACCGCCGCAACCCACGAUAUAAGACUUUGA